AUGCCAUGGCGUAAGGUGCUAAUAAUUGUGGGCUCUUUUGUGGUGAUCUCUGUUGGGCUUGAGGCAGGCCUCAUUCUCUGGCUACGUCCGCUCUACAGAGACGGCAAAGAGUGGCCCAUGUUGGUGAUUGGAAUCAUUGCAUCUAUCCUCCUAGCAUUAGGCUUAAUACCCCCAUACUUUGAAUUGGCUAAGCGUAAAGGCCGAGUUGUUGGAAUCAACUUCUUUUUCUUGGCGAUGGACUCCUUUGGUGCUUUAUUCUCGUUGGUCAGUAUUGUUGUGGGCACGAUGGAUAUCAUGUCCAUGGUCUUAUACGCCAUAGUUAUAGCAUUGGAAAUCGGCAUUUUCCUCAGCCAGAUAGGCUGGUAUCUUACAGGCGGCCGAAAAAUCAUACGGGAAGAAAAAGCACAUCGACGCCUAGAGAAGGAAGUCACCAUGGCUUCUGAUGCAUCAGAAGACAUCUCAGAACCCACCAGAGAAGACAAACACACUCUGUCUGCUUUCUCCCCUUUGAAUGUUGUGGACGACCCCUCGUCCAAGAAGGACUUGGAGGAGAACCAUACUAGAGAGAUAGAGAUAGAAACGGCAUUCAAGACCUUCCAGGAAGCCAUCACUCUCCAGAAACGAAAACAGUAUGUGGAAGCAUAUGCAAAGUAUAAGGAGCUUCAGAAAAAAGAUGUCAUAUAUAAUCAUUACUACGAGGAGACGGAGUUUGUCAAGGGUCUACAGAAUGGUGGGCUCAAUACUCGGCCUGAUGAACUAAGCUACUUGUCCCAGAACGUCAAGACAAUACGAUACCUAUACUUUAGGAAUAGGGGGUUUCUAUAUUUCCAUAUUCUCCAGAGUGGGAGCGAUCUCGUCGAGGAAGUUCGCCAGAAAGACCAGUCGCUUCCUGAUGCUCAAGAGAUAUCCGAGAAUGAGUUCACCAAUGAGCUUUUUUACCUGAUGAUUGACGACUUUGUCAAUUGCUUUGUAUAUCUGGAAGUUGAUGAAAGUCUCCUACGGCUUUUAUACGACCUUUUCACCUACUUUGACUUGAAGAAGCUCGCUAGGUAUACGUUGGAGUACACGCUACUGCUAAGUCUGGAGAGCGAAGAUGUCAUCAGUGUGUUACCUAUGAAUGAGUGGGUGAAACCUGUUUGGGAAGAGUUCAAAAAUAAGGGACUUUCGGUCGAGUCUGUCUCUCCAGGACUAGAAAAGAAGCUUUCCUUCCUAGCUCCAAUCCGCGAGGAGUUCAACGGCCAGAUCAACAAGAAGUAUCAGAAAAAUGGCCUCCAUGUCACUGUUAAGCCGCAAGCGUCUUGGCUGGAUGUGAUUCUGUCAUUUAAUCUGGCCAUCAAGCAAGCACAAGACAAAGAGAAGCAACAGGAUUUCCUUCGAUACUCUUCCUUCAAGUAUAUUGAUCCAUACGUUGCGUCGGAGUCUAUGUUGGACUUUACAGUUUAUUCAUUCCCAAUGCCAGAGAAAGACUCGACGCCUCUUCCAGAGCCAGUAACUGAGACAAAGCAAGAGGAACCAAAGGAAGAAAGCGAAACGCACAACACAGAGAAUGAUGAUGUUGUUCUAAUAGAAGACACGGCUUCUGCCACCCCUGUACCGUCUGCACCACCAGCAACUGCUGAGAAUCUACCUGAAAAGGUAGCCGAGAAAGUGGCCCAACGUUCAUCUAGAAGGUUGAAUCGUGAAGAAAACGUUGUUUUUGAGCUUGACGAUGUUCAGCUAACAAGACACCAUUAUUUCGAAACGGUUGCUUUCUUCAAGCAUCUCGACGAAUCAUUCAAAUCUGCUUUCCAUACUGAUGUUGAUAUUUUGCAUGACGUCGUCUGCCAUAUCGUGGACUCAGACGUAGCAUCCACUUCUCCAACUUAUGUUGCAGACUUUGUCAGAACGCUUAAUGAAUGGAGGCCUCACAUCCAUACUGAGAUUCUUUUGUCGACCAAAAAAUCGGGAGUCAAUAGUAGCGAAGCUGAUGCCGACAAGCUCAAGCUUUUGGAUGUGUUGACGCAUUUCGGUAACCUGAACUCCGCCGACUCUGACUCAAUUGCGGAACUUUUUGAUGAUGUUCAAGAUUAUGACUAUAUCAAGAGUACUUUGCAAAAGGCGCAACAGCACAAAUACCCCAGGCAAGCUCGAAUCGAUAUUUUGUACCACUUGCUUGGUGAAGACUCGCCUCCAAUCCUAGAGUAUUUCUGGAGCUCAAGUCUCUAUGACAAUGUCAAAGAAUGGGUUCUACAGCUCGAAGGUGACAUUUUUGAACUGUUAAUAACUCGCAACAAUGGCACGCAUGAGCGAAUUUCUACUAUUAAUGUUUGCUUGGCCAUUUUUGAAAUCCUCGUCGAUGCUUACAUCUCACUUAAAGGUAACGUGGACAAGAUCUUAGGUUCUGAGAACAAGAAUGGUUUGACAAAAGCUGCUAGACUGAGCUUGAAUAGUUUAACUGUGGACCUUCUUCAUUAUGAAGAACGUCUCCGAAAGCAAAGCGAGCUUCUUCAAGCAAACAUUUUCUCUGAGUUUGAUAUUCAAGAAGUCUCUCAGUCAGAAGCCAUCCAUUAUUGUCGCUAUAUCUGGCUGUUGAACUAUCUUUUAGCAUCCCAAAGUUUCACCUGGAAAGAGAAGAAGUUCGUCGUUAUCCAUCUCCAACGUCUUGGUGAUGUUUUUAAACAGUUUCCCGACCUAUCAUUGUCGUUCCCUAAUUAUACAAACAUUGGGAAUUUGAACGCAGAGAGUUUUGGUAGGCGCUUGACUACAUCGUCUAUCUUAUCCAUUUUCUCCAAGAUCUUAUGGAGCGAAAAGUCAGCUAAGGGUGGCACAGAAGAAACCAUCAUUCUACUCGAAAACAUUCUCAUCGAAAAGGGAGAGCAGUCCGCUUCAACUGUUCCUGAUACCGACAGUAGCUUGGUGUCUUCUGUUAUACAUGGUAGGGCCAACCUUGACAAGUCGUCACUUUCAAGCGUCAGUGAAUUCCUUGAUGUUUGUCCUAUCGACCUCAAAUUGAGUCUUUGGAAUAUUCUUUUCCUGUACUACGAGGAUACCAACUCAUUUGAGAGCUUCCAAAGAGGCUUUGAGCAGAAUGUCAAGUUUAUGUUGUCUUACUUCAAAGGCGACAAGUAUUGCGAGAUCAAAAGCGAUCGUUCAACGAUUUUACUUAAUACUCUUAAUUACUUUGGUGGAUACCUUCGCAUCUUUUUGAAGCAUCUUGCAGCUAACGGUUGGAAGCUUCCGAUUAAUGAUUCAGCCAACUCCUUGGAAACAGUUGGAAACUUGGCACAGAUCUUUGAAUUAUUUUACUGCUUUAGUUUACACGAGGAGGCAGCUCUUAUAACGGGUGCCAAAUUCUCUGUUGAGGUCAAAUCUAAGAAGGCUUUCCAACGCUUGAAAGAUUUCUGUAUUGAGACGAUCACAGUUAUCCUUGUUUAUGCUGUUAAUCAAAUUAAGAGCAACGGUCCCGAUGAGCAGCCCAUAAUUGAUUUACUUCUCCUAGUACAUAACCAAUUGGGAAUUAGGAGACUAUGUGAUUCAUCAAACGGAGUGUUCCUUAAGCUUGCGGAAGAUACUUUGGUUGUGCUCAAUAAUAGACCUGAUCGGGAGUUAUCGCAACUCCUUUCAUGUCGUUUCCACUACAAAGUCAAGAUCAAUGAUCAGUUCCCAACUGACCACGGCACAGUCAAGUCUGCUGAGUUGGAUAAAGCAAGUGCAACUGAACUUGCUAAAUUUAUAUUGCCUUUAUGUUUCAGACACAAUCCGCUUCUCAAGGUUCCAAGAAACGAUAUGAAGCAAGUUAUUGAUGAUAUCUUUGAAGUGUUGAAAGAGCUCGACCUUGAUUCCGAUAAAGUGCUUCUUCAGAACAAUGCCAAGAUCGAAAUGUUUUAUCAGAACACUACUAUUGACGCCAGAUUCAUCAAGCGAGCCUUUUAUGGUCUUCAUGAUCUCAACUUCCAAAAUCCUCUCAAGGAGUAUACUGUCGCUAGCAGGGGAUUGUACUUUGUUGAAGCCAUCUUCAUGUUCAACUCAUACAAGAUCAGAAAGAAGUCUGCCCAAAGUAGGACAGUCGAGCUUGAAAAGAUUAUCAGGUUAUUGAAAGAUGAUUUAAUUUCCCAGAGUGGACGUGUCGAGUCUUGGAUCCUUCUUGGUCAAGCCUAUGGAUACAUUGUCGAAGAUGACUUGAUCUGGACUUCUGAUAAGCUCAAUAUUAUUGAAAGGAAGGUACUCACAGCCAAUCUUCAGAGACAGUCUUUGUUGAGUUACAUUAUGGCUAUCAAUCUCUUGACCCAGAAGGGACUUACUGAGGCUGAACAUUAUAAGCCUGUCAUCAGUGUUGCUAUGAAUUCAUUUGUCAAAGAAUUAUACAAUGCAAAUCGUGAGCCGUUGGACAUGAUUGCAUUCAAGACUCAGACUAACGCCAAAUUCGUUAGAAAGCGUCAAAUGACCAUGAUGCAACCGGUGGCUGAUCAGGCAACUCUUACUCACUCGUUCUGCUUUAAGUUAAUGCAAAGAUGUCUUCACCUUGCAAUCAAGUCGAAUCCUGAAGAAUGGACAUCUCACUACUAUUUGGCCAAGCUCCAAAAUAAAUUGGGCAAACCACCUCUUCAGGUAUUAGAUACAUUGUGGAAGAGCAGCAGGGUAGCUUUCAUUCACAGCACCACUGCUGAUCCCUUCUUGGAACCGUCAUAUUCAUUGUGCCUGUGGAUUUACAAGUAUUUCAAGGCUGGCAAGAUCACCCUAGAUCAGGCAUUGGACUACUUGAAACGUGACAAUACAUUGAAGGUGAAGGCUUCCACGAGCCUUGACAAGCCGGAGGAUCUCUAUAGGCUCUUAAUCGGGUGCUUCAAGACGAUCAAUUCUUUAGACAAGCGAGGUUGGUACCAUAAGCAAUGCUACCGGAUGGCAGUGAUAUACUAUGAUGAGUUUGAUGACUUUAGACAGGCCCGGAGCAUCAUGUCUAGAUUCUUCACUUUGAAAGCUACCAACAAAACUUACCUUCAAAUGUGGAAGCCAGAGCAUGAAAGACCCGGAAAGCACUUUGUCUACAUGUACCAGUACACUGAGUUUUACAUUAAGUUGUUGAGAAGAGAACUUGACCUUGCUUCGUUGGUGCUUAUGUUACCAAAACUUAGACGUGCUAAUUCCACCAUGAUCAAGCUCUAUUUUGCAUGGGAGAAUAUCUGCUCAUCAAUUUGCAAGCUCAUUAGAGUUGUUGCUAAGGUUGAGGAUGGUUCUACUGAGAAGUUUUUGUUCAUGAAACCAUACCAAAGCUUUGUUAAUCAAGCUAAGGCAUUGAACGAAGCGAUGAAGGGGAAGGGAAUCCCGAAGGAGUUGAAGCCACAUCUUUGUUAUUUGCAUGUUAUUAACGAUAUGAGAAAACUCAACAACGGUUUUGGACCUACAUCUUUGAUUGAUGAUACUUUAUGCUCUGUUUACUUGAAGGUGUUCAAAGAUCAAACCGAGAAGCUUGCAUUAAGCGAGAAGGAGGAGAAGUCCAAGGACUCAAGCGUGCCACCAAAGGAAGCAACAAAGGUCAAGAGACUUGCCAGACGUGAUCUUUUCCCAUAUAUAACGGGCCUUGUCACAACGAUGAAGAGAGAUGUGGAGUCUGUGCUUAAGGAUCAGCCCGACAUCUUCAAUGACUUUGUCAAGGAUUACAUUGAAGAACGGAAAGAGUCAUACCGCAUCCAAGAGAACGGUCAGUCACCUUCUGGGGCCCAAAAUGACUCUGAGAAAGCCAAGUCGCCAAGUUUAUUACCGGCACCGACUAUCAAUGAUGCUCAAAGUACUCAACCUUCAGACGCAGCGCCAGGAACCCAACCGGCUCCCGUUGGCGCACAGGCACCUCCUGAUUUGGCCUCGACGAGUGAAUUGAGUUCUUCCUCCCUUAAAACAAUAGCAGAUAUGAAAGCAGCCUACACUACUCCUGCCCCUGAUGGUACAGAUCUGAAUCAAGUGAAACGAGAGGCAGCUGAUGAAAGAAGCACGCCACAGGUUUCCAAUAUUACUGCUCCACUGCCUGGGCGUACUGGACCUCGUGCUGGUAUCAUAAAGAAGAGUUCGGUGGAUACGGAGAUUGAGAAAUCCUUCCAAGCACAAACCGUUCAGGAUGGACUGGAAGCUAACAACGAAGGCCAGAAGCAGCAAGAUCAUAUUGAAGCUCAAGCUUUGGAGACUACAGAGGAGGUUGCUGAAAAUGGCGAUAAAGAAGCUCUGGCUGAUGGGACUCCUGGACCAGCUCCAAGUGAAACAGAUACCAGAGAAGUGACUGAUGGAAGUGUAGCUGAGAGCAGUGUUCCACCAGAGACCGAAAAGGAAGAUGAAAAGGAUAUCAAUAAUUCUACCCAGGAAGGUGAGAAUGAUGCAAAACGGUCACUUGAAGACGAUGAAGAGCAAGUCACGAAAAAGCAAAAGACAGAUGAAUAA